CCAGGACCACCAGCGUGGCAUCGCGCCAAGGGGCCUAGAUGGAAAGGGCGGGGCCGAUCCGGAUUUCCCAUUCCCUGCAGGACUGGUUAUGAAAGAACAAGCACAAGCCAGUUGCGCUUGCGAGCCUGAGCUUGCUUCCGGUGGUCGUGCAACAGGACUACAUCAUCGACAAGCGGGAGAUCAUCCUAGUAAGGAGGAUGCCCACGUACUCUCAGCCAAUGAAAAAGAACAUUCGUCUGUCUUGCAAGACGACCUCAGUCGCAGUCAAGAGGCUGAUCAUCCGACAUUGUUGAAACUACAAGGACGUGGCGAAAUUGCAAACAUCGCAGUACAGCAACAGCACAAGCAUGGAACAAAAGCGAAUGGACAUAAAGAAGAAAGAGAACAGCACGAACAGGCGGUGGAGAAGAAAAAACCAUGGUGGCACGUUAGUCGAGAGGAGUUGGAGAAAAAGUUGGAGCUCCUUCAUCAUCAUCGUCAUCCAGAUGGCGGCCAACCACAAGUUUAUCAACUCUUGCAACAUCAUGUUACUCUUGCAGCUAGUACAGCAGGCGCACCAGCAUCGCAACCCGAUGUGACCUACUUCCUUCACCGCAUUUUACACUCUCAAGAAUCUUCAAAGACGGGAUCUGGAAAUAACCCUUGCGGGAACUACUUCCAAAAGAACACCACCGGUUGUUCAAACCCGCUAACCCAAACUGGUUCAUCUCCUUCUGUCUCCAGCUCUUUAAAACUUAUCGAACUUGAAAGCAGUCCGGAGAACCGGCAACUCCUGUACUUCCGAGGCCAAGUGGAAUCUUGGCUGGCGCAAGUGCAGAAUUACCAGACGGGGAGUUGCAAUUUUGCCCCCCUCGUCGCUGGUGGUGGUGGAGCAAGUGCGUUUAGUUUUUCCAGCCGGAAUAUCAACGGGGCCUCGUCAAGAUCAAAAAUAAAAACCAAA